AUCAUGGGAUGUCUGAGGAGCAGCCAAAGCACCUCCCUCGGCAGAUCCACAAAUCCAGCAGGCACAGAGAGCACAGUGUUCCCUCUCCAGAUGAAGGUGUGGACUCUGCUAUGAGUCAGUGUGAGGACAGAGAGGAGGGAGCCCCUCCCUCUAAAGCCACUCUGUGUGGGGAACAUGACAGCCAGACUGAAGCUCAGAGCCCAGAGAAGCAGCACGGACCUGGACCUGGUCCUGGACCCAGCUGUGUGUCCAUGAAGAGUGAUCGGUCUAUGGAUUAUCCUCUAGUCUUCAAAGAUGGACGCCACUCUGAUGAUCAAAGGAGGAAUCUGGAAGAACCUGAACCCAGCUGUGUGUCCAUGAAGAGUGACCGGUCUAUGGGUCCUCCUUUAUACUUUAAAGAUGGACGCCACUCUGAUGAUCAAAGGAGGAAUCUGGAAGAACCUGAACCCAGCUGUGUGUCCAUGAAGAGUGACCGGUCUAUGGGUCCUCCUUUAUACUUCAAAGAUGGACGCCACUCUGAUGAUCAAAGAGUGGACCAGGAGAGCUCAGAGGGUCCCAGUGGUCAGUCUGCCCAGCAGCAUCAAACACACCUGGACUCCAUAUUUAUGCUGCUGGAGGAGGAGAUCGGGACUUUUGUGAAGAACGAGCUGAAGAAGAUCCAGAAUGUUCUGAGUCCAGAUUACCCAGAAUGCUUAGAGAGUCAGCGGGAGGAUGAGGAGGUGUUGGACGGUGAGGAUGAAGAGCAGAGGAGGAGCAGCAGAGAGGCAUUUCUGAAGAUCACAAUGCACUUCCUGAGGAGAAUGAAGCAGAAGGAGCUGGCUGACCAUCUGCAGAGCAGAAAUCCUGCUGCAGGUGGUAAACGUAAACUCAAAUCUAAGCUGCAGAAGAAGUUCCAGUGUGUGUUUGAGGGGAUUGCUAAAGCAGGAAACCCAACCGUUCUAAAUCAGAUGUUCACAGAGAUCUACAUCAUAAAGGGAGGGACUGCAGAGGUUAAUGCUGAACAUGAGGUCAGACAGAUUGAAUCAGCAUCUAGGAAACCAGGCAGACCAGAAACAAGAAUCAGACAAGAAGACAUCUUUAAAGCCCCACCUGGAAGAGAUGAACCAAUCAGAACAGUGAUGACUAAAGGAGUGGCUGGCAUCGGGAAAACAGUCUUAACACAGAAGUUCACUCUGGACUGGGCUGAAGACAAAGCCAACCAGGACAUCCAGUUCGCAUUUCCAUUCACCUUCAGAGAGCUGAAUGUGCUGAAAGAUAAAAAGUACAGCUUGGUGGAACUUGUUGAUUACUUCUUUAGUGAAACCAAAGAAGCAGGAAUCUACAGGUUUGAAGAGGUUGUGUUCAUCUUUGACGGUCUGGAUGAGUGUCGACUUCCUCUGGACUUCCUCAACACUGAGAUCCUGACUGAUGUUACAGAGUCCACCUCAGUGGAUGUGCUGCUGACAAACCUCAUCAGGGGGAAACUGCUUCCCUCUGCUCGCCUCUGGAUAACCACACGACCUGCAGCAGCCAAUCAGAUCCCUCCUGAGUGUGUUGACAUGGUAACAGAGGUCAGAGGGUUCACUGACCCACAGAAGGAGGAGUACUUCAGGAAGAGAUUCAGAGAUGAGGAUCAGGCCAACAGAAUCAUCUCCCACAUCAAGACAUCCCGAAGCCUCCACAUCAUGUGUCACAUCCCAGUCUUCUGCUGGAUCACAGCUACAAAUAUGGGGGACAUGUUGAAGACCAGAGAGGUAGGAGAGCUGCCCAAGACCCUGACUGAGAUGUACAUCCACUUCCUGGUGGUUCAGUCCAAAGUGAAGAACAUCAAGUAUUAUGAAGGAGCUGAGACAGAUCCACACUGGAAUAAAAAGAGCAGGAAGAUGAUCCAGUCUCUGGGAAAACUGGCUUUUGAGCAGCUGCAGAAAGGCAACCUGAUCUUCUAUGAAUCAGACCUGACAGAGUGUGGCAUCGAUAUCAGAGCAGCCUCAGUGUACUCAGGAGUGUUCACGCAGAUCUUUAAAGAGGAGAGAGGACUGUACCAGGACAAGGUGUUCUGCUUCAUCCAUCUGAGUGUUCAGGAGUUUCUGGCUGCUCUUCAUGUCCAUCUGACAUUCAUCAACAAUGGAGUCAACCUGCUGUCAGAAGAACAAACAACCAUUCGGCGGUCUGAAGUGUUCAGAGACAAAUCAACACGUUUCUACCAGAGUGCUGUGGACAAGGCCUUACAGAGUCCAAAUGGACACAUGGACUUGUUCCUCCGCUUCCUCCUGGGUCUUUCACUGCAGACCAGUCAGGCUCUCCUACGAGGUCUGCUGACACAGACAGGAAGUAGUUCACAGACCAAUCAGAAAACAGUUGAGUACAUCAAGAAGAAGAUCAGUGAGAAUCUGUCUGCAGAGAGAAGCAUCAAUCUGUUCCACUGUCUGAAUGAACUGAAUGAUCGUUCUCUAGUGGAGGGGAUCCAACAGUCCCUCAGUUCAGGAAGUCUCUCUGCAGAUAAACUGUCUCCUGCUCAGUGGUCAGCUCUGGCCUUCAUCUUACUGUCAUCAGAAAAAGAUCUUGACGUGUUUGACCUGAAGAAAUACUCUGCUUCAGAGGAGGCUCUUCUGAUGCUGCUGCCAGUGGUCAAAGACUCCAACAAAGCUCUGCUGAGUGGCUGUAACUUGUCAGAGAGAAGCUGUGAAGCUCUGUCUUCAGUUCUCAGCUCCCAGUCCUCUAGUCUGAGAGAGCUGGACCUGAGUAACAACGAGCUGCAGGAUUCAGGAGUGAAGCAGCUGUCGGCUGGACUGAAGAGUACACACUGCAGACUGGAAACUCUAAGGCUGAGUGGCUGUAACCUGUCAGAGAGAAGCUGUGAAGCUCUGUCCUCAGUUGUCAGCUCCCAGUCCUCCAGUCUGAGAGAGCUGGACCUGAGUAAGAACAACCUGCAGGAUUCAGGAGUGGAGCAUCUGUCGGCUGGACUGAAGAGUCCACACUGCAGACUGGAAACUCUCAGGAUGGACCAUGGUGGACUGCAGUGGUUGAGACCUGGUCUGAGGAAGUAUGCCUGUGAACUGGAACUGGACACAAACACAAUAAACAGAAAUCUCAAACUGUCUGACAACAACAGGAAGGUGACAUAUGUGGGAGAGGAUCAGUCAUAUCCUGAUCAUCCAGAGAGGUUUUACUCCUGGCCUCAGCUGCUGUGUACAAAUGGUCUGACUGGUCGCUGUUACUGGGAGGUUGAGAAGAGAGGAGAUGUUUCUAUAUCAGUGAGUUACAGAGGAAUCAGCAGGAGAGGAAACAGUGAUGACUGUUGGUUUGGAUGGAAUAAUCAGUCCUGGAGUCUGAGGUGCUCUGAUGAUGAUGAUGGUGGUUACGCUGUCUGUCACAAUAACAUAAUAAGAAUCAUCACUUCCUCCUCUGUCUCUAACAGAGUAGCAGUGUAUGUGGACUGUCCUGCUGGCACUCUGUCCUUCUACGCAGUCUCCUCUGACUCACUGAUCCACCUCUACACCUUCAACACCACAUUCACUCAGCCUCUUUAUCCUGGGUUUAUGGUCUGGUCUGGUUCCUCUGUGUCUCUGUGUCCUCUGCAGGACUGAGAGUCUCUCCUGUGGACAGAAACACUGACUGAAGAUCAGCUGCUGAAAUCAAAGUUCAGUCUGUUCACCAUCACACACAGGGGCGCCAUAUAGGGGGGAAAAGUUAGGACAAUUCCAAGGGCCCAUGACUGACAGGCGGCCCACAAAAUAGGUAAAAACUAAUAUAAAAUGAUUAAACCAUCAUCAUUCAGUAUAUAUAUUUCAAAUAUAAUAGUAAAAUUGACGAUCUCUUUGUUUUUACUUGUUUUUGGCAGUAAAAGUUAAAUAUCCCCAGUGACCAAAAAGUAAACAUCCAUAUUGACCGACCACCCCCCUGUAUCUGCAUGAAAUGGUUUGGUCCUGCCUUAGCGCACUGCGUGACGGUGUUUAGUUGCAGCAAAGCCGGUCUACGGAAAGCCGUUCCACUCCCUAUCCAGCCCCAUUGUACCGGAUUUUGGUUGCAGUUCCACCAGAGUUCCACUGGGGG